AUGAAGCGCUCGCGCAGCUCUGUGCUUUUAUCGCGCCGCUGCAACUCUUUGAUUGCAUAUUCCGCGCUGUGCUGCUUCCCGUCCUUGUCGACUUUUGCAGCCACGCGAAUGAUGCCGUAUGCGCCGCGGCCAACCACUUUGGUUAGCACGCCGUACCGCUCUUCAAGCGUCGCAUGUCCAACCAAUGCUGCCCGCUGUGCUUUUGCGUCAUGCGCAAGAUCCAUAAGCUGCGCUAGCCGAUUUCGGAGCGUGGUGAUCAACUUUGUUUGUUCAUCUCCAAUUGCCGGUUCUGCCGCACGUGGGUCGGAGCGGUCCAUGGAUGGCGAGAGUCGGGGAAUGUGGGCGCUGGAAUGCAAAAGCGACACCGACGGCCGCAGUGUGUCGGGUUCGUCACGCGCAGAACGCAGGAGGCCGCGGAAGCCCAUGAAUGUAGGGAACUGCGACGCAUGCGACGUCUGGGGCUGCAUUGCAUGGUCAUGCGUCACUUCCUCGGAGUCGGUGUCUGAAUCCGUGUCUGAAUCCGUGUCUGAAUCCGUGUCUGAGUAA